AUGUCUCCACAGCAGCAACAGGACAGCCUCAGCCGGGGCGCACAGCAAGAAAACAGACGGAGGAUGAAGUCUCAGAGUUAUCGGCGUCAGUCCGCCCCGUCAAUGGUCAUCACAAAGGCUCUCAACAGGUCCAAGACUCUCUCCAGGGAGAACUUCCUGCUUCCUGUGUGUCCAGAGACCUGCCCAUUGGUCCAGUCCUUCCUGACCAGCCCUGAUAGGUCCUUUCUUCUCCACGGACACGCUCAGCUGAAGACGGGGAUGCAGACUCAGGACAGACACCUCUUCAUGUUCAACGACAUACUGGUCAUUGCCAAAGCCAAGUCAGCCAACCACUUCAAGCAGAAGGCUCAGGUGUGUGUGUGCGAGAUGUGGACGGCACACUGCAUGGAGGAGGUGUGCGAGGGAAGCACAAACCAGGAGAGAAGCUUCGUCAUGGGAUGGCCCACCUACAACUGUGUCGCUACGUUUAGCUCAACAGAACAGAAGGAGAAAUGGCUCUCUCUCCUCAAAAGUCGCAUUAAAGAAGAGAAGGAGAAUGAAGAGCCUAAAACUAUUCCUCUCAGAGUGUACGGGAAGGGAAUCAAUACAUUUGCUGUUACCAAGACGCUUCCUGUCAGCAACUCAGAUUCAACCAAUGAGGUGGUCCGACUGGCUCUGCAGCAGUUUGGCGUCAUAGGGAACGUGAAAGAUUACCAGCUGUGGGUCAUCUCCAAGAGGGACAACACUCCCUAUCCUCUCAUCGGUCACGAGUAUCCCUUCAGCAUCCAGAUGAGUCACGUGAGGAACACGUCGUCUCAGGGAGGCGGAGGGGACGCGGCAGCUUCGCCAGCGGACAGGCAGAAGGCCAUGCAGGUGGAGCAGCUGCAGGUGUACAAGCAGUGUCAGUUCAUCCUGAAGCCCCGCCCCGUCGAGACGCUCCAACACGUGUUUGCAGGUGAGAUCAUCUGCUCAGUCAUCACACCUCAACUCACAGAUUUCCCUCAGAAGUCGUUUAAAAGGCGGCGUUCACUCAUCACCUGGGCCUUCUGGAGAGGAUCCUCCCCUCACCUCAACGAGCUGUCCCUCGCCGGCAACGCUCGUGGCUGCUUGUUCAACCAUCCGCUCAGCAGUGUGUGUCUGGAGGACGCUCUGCCAAAGCCAGUGAUGGACAUGCUGACGUUUCUGUACAACGAGGGACCCUGGACUCGGGGGAUCUUCCGGCGGCCUGCGGGGGCUCGGGCAGUCAGGGAGCUGAGGGAGACUCUGGACGCCGGAGUGUUUCAGCUUCCUCUGACACGAGACCACGUCUUCAUCAUAGCUGGAGUGUUUAAGGACUUCCUGCGCAGCAUCCCGGGCAGCUUGUUGUGCUCUGAGCUGCAUGAAGAAUGGAUGGAUGUGCUGGAUGAAGAAGAUGAGGAGGAAGAACAGGUGCAGGACGUAAAAAGGACGAUUUGUCGGCUGCCCAAACACAACAGCCUGUUGCUGCGCUACCUGUUGGCCAUGCUGCAGGGCAUCGAGAGCCACGCCCAGGAGAAUCAGAUGACCAGUUUUAAUUUAGCCGUGUGCAUCGCUCCCAGCAUGCUCUGGCCUCCCGGAGAACCUUGCAGCCCCGAAGUGGAGGGCGAAGGUGCAAAGAAGGUUUGUGAGUUGGUGAAGUUCAUGAUUGAACACUGUGAGCAGAUUGUGGGAGAGGACCCCUCCUCUCUGUUUGGAGGACCGCCACAAAGACUCAACACUGAGGAGAUGGAAUCAGGUAUGAUAUAUAUCUCUGAGCAUACCAUAUAUUGUGUAGAUGAAUUGAAGUCCUUAGUACAUGUUUUAUUUGUGUCAUCCUCUUCUCCUUUGUUGUCCUGCGUGUCCUCCCUCUGCUCCACAGAUCCCUGGAUUUACCAUCUGACCGACUCGUCCUACGACGAGUUGGACAACAGCAGCGGAGGCUCACCGGGAUUCUGCAACAGGAGACGCGUUCCAUCCAAACCUCUACAAGGCAGCUACGACUCCAUCCUCACCUUCAGUGACUACGACCAAGACAACGACCCAGACAGACGCCACGCCAAAACUAUGUUAAGCCCGCUGGGGAGAAGCAGGGGACCGGACCCAGACAUCUCCAGUCCAGACUUAACCACAGACAACUCCAGCAUGGAUCGCCUGUCCCUGGACGGUCGGCACAGACCGCGGCGGCGCUCAGAGCCGGCCAUAGCGUACUUGAGCAAGCUUCAGCCGCGUAUUUCAAGAACAGCCGACGAGGAUAACGACGGCGAAGACGUUUCCGGUAAGCCCGGCAGUCACACGGACUUCAGAGGUCGGGACAGGAGAGGCGGAGGCGAGUAUGGGUUAAACCUGCUCAGAGGGAGGUCAGCAGAUCUGGAGGCAAGCUGCUCCAGCCUCUCCUCUGACCCCAUCUCCCCCGCACCCACCCGCUCCUCCCUGGACUCCCUGGACUCCCUCUACAGCGACCAAGCCGGGGCAACCGGGCGAGGGCUUAACCCACCUAAGACACAUGUGCCCUCAUCAUCCUUCUCUGUAAGCUCCGCUCUGACCUCCGCUGGACUCACAGACUCUCAACCUAAAGAAUCAGUCAACCGGGGGACGUUAAAAGGCUGCAGGGGCCUCCACCCAAACUCCUGGCUGAAGAAAGACCGCAGACUGUCACUAACACAGCAAGACAACUUGGAGAAGGAGAAGGAGAAAGAGGAAGAGGACAAGACCGGGGGAGGAUCCGCUGACAAGACGACUACGCUUGGAAAACUUAUCCUAGAAAAAGGAAAAACUGCUGAAAGGGGAGCAGAAAAAAUCUUUGGCAACCAACUCAAGCCUAAAACCUGCAAAGCCUCAAAAGAUACAGGAGGGGGUAACGCGAGGGGGAGACCUCGCAAAGAACCCACCAAGCCCCGCCUACUUAAGAAGGAUAACGGCAGCCCCCCCUCCCACCACCGUUCUACCGGGAGCCUACAUUUUCCCAAAUCCCCCUGGUUCCUGUCCCCAGACUCUCCCCUGACUGUCAGGCAGCUGAGCGGGGGUGACGUCACCAACCAGAGGGGUGCAUCAGAGGAUGACGUGAACGACGUGAAGCAGCCGUCUCCGUCUCCGUCUCUGUUCUACAAGCAGAGCGGCCCUUCUCUGUCUCUGUUCAAACGACAGAAGUCGGCAGAAGAGACGCGCGACGCCAAGAUCUACCAGCGGAGGGGGUCUGAACCCGCACAGCGGGUGGUGGACCGGGCCGCCACCCACACCCGGGCCAGGCUGCCCAGCGACCCGGGACUGAAGGUACCUGAGAUGGAUUCACAGGGAGGGACGUCAGAGUCUCGUUUCUGCCUCUCCCCCUACGCCACCAAAGCCGUGAGGGACUACUUCUCCUCUCACCCCAGCAGCAACCCCCAGAGCAGCCAGAAGGUGGCGCUGGCUGUGGUGGAGAGUCGCAAGGAGUGGCUGAGGAGAUGCAGCGACCCCAAAGCAGAGCCAGACUUUGACCAGCUCCUGUUUGCUGAAGAAUCCUACGUGUGA